AUUCGCCAUCGUCUCGCUUGAUAGGGAACGAUACACUCAGUAUAUGGUUGCAGGGCUUGAUGAUCUUGAGAAUUCCGCGUACUCGGUGUCUCUUCUGCACUGGCGUCUCCUUGUUCUUGAGGUCCUCCACCAGUUUAUCCUCAACGAUAUUGGCACCGCGGUCAAAGAAUCCCUCCACCAUGCCAAAGAAGUUGGGGUCAUCUGCAUCUUUCUCUCCUGCGACCUCGCUGUAGUGGCGCAUCCGCAUCAACGACGCGGAAACUGGAAGAGUCGACUUGACACAUCCCGAGGCCAGAGCACUGCUUGCUCCACGAUUUGAGGGCUGCAACGAAUCUCGAUGUGGUUUCAAAGAGCACGGUUCUAGUGUGUCAUUGGCUCAUGUGCUCACAACGCCCAUCUUCUGAUUGUCUCUCAUCGUGUGAAUGGCCGGUCGCUGUGGUUACCUGCGCGAGAUUCCCUGCUGGUGUCCGUUCCUCCUCACGUCCCUCAGAAUCCUAAUGCCAUCCCCUACGCCCCUCUCGGGACUCUGAGGCCAGACACACUGGUGCAGAUGUAACAGUGUUGCUUCCAUCCCUCUUCUUGCCCCUACCUGGGCUCGAACCAGGGACCCUCUGCACACAUCAACAACAGUCUCCCGCGAAGCAUCGUUACACAUUGCUCCACAAAAGCUGCGGCCCUUGCAGAGCAAGGGGAACAACUACUUCAGGACUCAGAGCGAUUGACAUCACCCGAUUGAAACGCUAUUAGCGCGCACCAGCGCUAACUAGCUAGCCAUUUCACAUCAGUUACACAGACACUGCUCUGAGUCACAGGUCACGCCUCAGACUAGGAGAACGCAUAAUGUAUAUCCACAUAGCAUGGUCACAUGGACAGAGAUUACCACAGCUGUCACUCAAACCAGUAUAUACACACGUCUGAAUCUAUCCCUUUUGUCUGAUAUGCAUUUUGUUUGACUUUGAUAUGGAAGGUGGUUGUAUGGACAUUAUUACAUGAGACAUCAUUACAGCCAUCACUACAUGAGUGUGACAGCAGCAGCCUGUGUGUCUGGCUCUGUUUGUGUCUCCCAGUGUUGCAAGCCUUGGCAGAGUACUGUGAAGGCUGUGCUGACUGUAGAGCAAGGGGAUAGACAGCAGGGGGCAGUGUUGCUCUGGGGAGCUGCAUUGACCUGGCUGCAAAGCAGCCGCAUCAACAGGAACAAAAGUAAAGUCAGGACAAGUAAAAAUGAGUUACAGGGAUUUUUACGAUAACUUUGUUAAACAUUUUGCAAAGUGCUAGAAAUCAUUCUACUUGUAUGCAUUACAUAAUCCAGCUAGCUAUUUAACUAUUUAGAUCAUGCUUAAUGUGUGAGCUGCCGUCCCCUGCUCCUGUGCAGAUGCCGUGUGGGAGUUCAGGGUGCUGUUGGUGAGGGAGAGUAUGACGUCAAUCCUGCUGGAGCUCUACUCCACCCCCCCUGGGGCUUCUGUGCCAAACAUAGCAGCAACAGCCUGGAGACAGAUCUUAGCACUCUUGUCCCAGAAGUACACUGGUGAGCAGCUACAACAGGUUUUGUUUGCUAAAUGGUGGGUUGGGGCCUACUCGUAUGACUCAUGGCCGUUGCAGUUCCUACAAAAGACUGGGCUGUGGCCAGAAACAUUACUUAUUUGGAGGGUCACAGGAAAAUACAAUUUGUAUUUUUUUGGUUGGGCAAGGCACAAAAAUGUUUGCCUGGCGACUCAUCCUGAAUUUAAUUCUGCUGCUCCUAUCAGUGCAUUUGGAAAGUAUUCAGACCCCUUGACUUUUUCCACAUUUUGUUCUGCUACAGCCUUAUUCUAAAAUGGAUUAAAUACAUUUUUUUCCUCAUCAAUUUAUAGACAAUACCCUAUAAUGACAAAAUAAAAUACAUUUUGGGGGGAUGAAGAUAUUAUUUUUUUAUUUUAAAAAAGCAUCCAGCUUCUAUGAAUCAACCUUGAUGUUUCUACAACUUUAUUGGAAUCCACCUGUGGUAAAUUGAAUUGAUUGGACAUGAUUUGGAAAGGCACACACCUUUCUAUACAAGGAUGUCAGAACAAAAACAAAGCCAUGAUGAGGUCGAAGGAAUUGUCCGUAGAGCUCCGAGACAGGAUUGUGUCGGCACAGAUCUGGGGAAGGGUACCAAAACAUUUCUGUAGCAUUGAAGGUCCCCAAGAAUACAGUGUCCUCCAUCAUUCUUAAUGGGAGAAGCAAACUUUUUUUUUUUAAACAGAUUUUUGCUUUGUCAUUAUAGGGUAUUGUGUGCAGAUAGAUGAGGUGGAAAAACGAGUUAAUUUUAGAAUACAGCUGUGACCUAACAAAAUGUGGAAAAAGUCAAGGGGUCUGAAUAUUUGCUGGACAGUUGUUGUUUUUUUUGUUUUUGCUGGACUUUUCUUUUUUUUUCCCCCCCAAUGUCUUUCAACCCAUGCAUCUUAUCUCUUUCUCAUCUGCAGUUUGUGACCGUCUCACCGUCAGUAUUAUUUAUUUCUCACAGCAACAGAUUAGUGCAGGUAUUGGUUGAGUGCAGGUAUCCUUACUUGUCAUUCUCAGACACACCUUCCUCCUUACCAUCUGAUGAGAGCAGUGUCCCCACUGCCGGGUCUUCUUACUGCUAGAUUUGUAAGUAAUCUCUACUCACUUGAUUCAACUCCAAAUGUCAUAUCAUUUUACCAGACACUCUUAUCCAGAGCAAUUUACAGUAGUGAGUGCAUACAUUUUCAUACUGAUCCCUACACAGAAUUCUACAUGGGAAUGACCCUGGCGUUGCAAACCGACUGAUCUACCGACUGAUCUACAACGGCUGUGUUUGAACUACCCUACCAGACUGCUCGAGAUUUGAUAUUUGGUUCUGAUCGAGAACACAUGAAGCAGUGCAGUCAUCAUAGUCACAGAUCUUUGGGGUGUUCAGGCACAAUCCCAGAAAGUAUUAGUCUGAUAUGUAAAUUGACUUUAUUUUUGUAUGAAUUGGUUGGAAUAUUAAUAACUUUGCCUCAUGUGAAAUACAAAGUUAUUUUCAGUAUACAAAUUUUGCAGUAUAGUGCCGUAGCAUAUUUUGUUUGGUCAUAUCAAAAUUUAUUACAGAAACAUACAAACCUCAAUACGUUCUUCCUUGCACCUCUUGAUUGCAAGCCACGUCAUUUUAUAGCUUUUUAAAUGAGGGUGGGAAUUUGUAGGCAAGCCACUUCCCUUCAUGUAUAUAAUCACUUAGUUGCUAAUGCUAUGUAUUGCUUAUUGAGAGGCUUUGAGAACCACCGUUCGGCCAUAUUGGCACUACCCAGUAGGAGCAGUCCUCUAUAGGAAUGAAUGGGAUUCUACAGUAUUUCAAUGAAAUGUUUCAUAGACAAAAUUACAUGGAUUUAAGUGUUUUGUUGUAAUGGAGAAAGUAACCGUAGUAAUCUAAAAAAUUAUACUUUAAGGAUAAAAAAUUAAAAAAAAUAUUUAGCUCACAAUGUAAUUUAAAAGUAUGCAUUAAGGUGUUUGUAAUAUAAUACAUGUGGCAAAAACGAAUGUAGACAUAAAUAAGAGCGUUUCUAUAGCUUCCAAAAUAUGUUUUACAAUGGUGGGGCUGCCAAGAUGUAGUCAGUGGCUUCAACACAGUGCCCCCUAUUAGUCAUCCAGUGUAUAUAUAAAUUAUUUUGUCACUUCCCACAACCAAUCGGUAGCUCGAGUUUGACACGUGUGUCUGCGGAAUUCCCCCAACACUCCGGGGCUUUCCAGCUGACUGAUAGACGGUAUGCGAUCAUAACAGUCUAACUAACCAGAUAGAGUGGAUACAAUCAACGGUUGACUCGAUGGAGAAAUACAUGGAACAGAAAUGCAUGGAGCAAAUCCCGGAUUUCAGCUGACACUGAAGUGAACACCACUGUGUGCAGUGUGCUUUUGAGGGUACGCCGUGACAUUCUACAAUCGGUUUGAUCGACUACAACAGCAGCUGUUGUGCUGUCUUGUUCAUUGCGUAGAGGUGGAUCAAGUUCAAGGAGUUCAAAGGUACGGAAUUACAUUAACAGUUAUUGUCUGUUGGGCCAAAAUGCAGUUUGAUGUGUAUUGUGGUGUAUAUAGCCUAUUGUAGUCUGUUCCCUGCUACAGGUUUAUAAUCAUAUAACGUUACAUUAAAAACCGUGGAUAGUGAUAGUUUAUAAUAUGCAAGGGUAAUGGGGCCAUUCCAUGGUAACAUUGAUGCGGAGACUCGUUUUUUUUCUCUCUCACUUAGAUGUAUAUCAAAUAAAAACCAAUGAUUGCAAAGUUAAACAAACAAUACAACUUUAUGCACAAGGACGACUUCUAACAAUGUCUACAGAACAUUUUACGAAAACACGUACACGAAUAACAGUGCAGAUGCGAAGUUACGUAACAGGAUGACGGCACAACCCGUAAUUCUGUUACCCAACUUUGCAUCUGCACUGUUAUUCGAAUAAAUAUAUUUUAAAGUGAAAAAUCAGGGAGCCCCAGUGACACUCCUAUUGUUGUCACUCAAACUCAUUUGACAAGAAGCCCAUCUUGCUGGAAAGUUGUGGCUAUUGUAUAAAUGAUGGUUUAUGAUACAACUUUAAUGGCCGAAUAAAGACUUUGCUUCCAACUGAUUGUCUGUGAUUUGCAUUAUAAUUUGUUCAGGAUUGUUUCAUGGGGAAAAGUGGGUUGCGGGUUUGUCCCCAUCUCAGCAAGCAGGGCCUGGAAAUUCUGUUAUUAGUCUGUACCAUUUGGAUAUGAGCACACACACUUGCUGUACAGUUAGCUACUAGUGGAGGUUGUAGGGGCAGACCAUAGGAUGACGUUAAACCCACAGGAAAUACCCAAUGGACUAAUAACAGCAGGUUAAUUUUAUUGCAGGGAGGUGACAGUGAGCCUGAAAUAUCAUCAUCUAUGAUCCACUGACGGGCAUCAUGUCUGGAGCACUGAGAAUGGAUGAAGCUCAGUACAGCAUGAAAAUGAUUGAAAAUGAGCUGAUGAUGAAUUUGUCCUAUGAGUUCAUGCCCCCUGUGGAUGUCAAGAUCGAGCCCUAUGUACCGGAGACCGCUCAUGGACCCUACAUUCAGAUCAUUGAGGAGCCCAAACAGAGAGGCUUCAGAUUCCGCUAUGAGUGUGAGGGUCCGUCCCACGGUGGGCUCCCAGGGGCCUCAAGCGAGAGGAACAGGAGGACCUAUCCAACUGUCAAGGUGUCUAACUAUGUGGGGAUUGCCAGGGUGGAGGUGCAGCUAGUGACCCACUCAGACCCCCCCCAGGUCCACGCUCACAGUCUGGUGGGGAGGCAGUGCUGCACGGAGAGUGGCAUAUGCAGUAUGGAUGUGGGCCCAAACGACCUCACAGCACAGUUCAGUAACCUGGGCAUCCUUCAUGUCACUAAGAGAGGGGUGGGGGAAGUGUUGUGCAAGAGACUGAGAGAUGAGAAGAGGAGGCAAGGGGGGCAGCACUAUCAUUUUACUGAUGCAGAGGAACAAGCCAUAGGGAGAGAAGCCAAGGAGCUUGGGAAGAUCAUGGACCUGAACAUAGUGAGGUUAAAGUUCACGGCCUACCUCCAGGACAGUAACGGCGGGUUCUCUAGGGCCCUGAAGCCGGUGGUCUCCAACCCCAUCUAUGACAGCAAGUCACCCAAUGCCUCGAACCUGAAGAUCUCCCGUAUGGAUAAGACCAGUGGGUCUGUGCUGGGAGGAGAUGAGAUCUUCCUACUGUGUGACAAAGUACAGAAAGAUGACAUUGAGAUCCGCUUUUAUGAAGAGGAUGAUGGAAGCUGGGAGGCCUUUGGUGAUUUCUCUCCAACUGAUGUCCACAAGCAGUACGCCAUUGUGUUUAAGACGCCGCCGUACCACAGCGCCGAGAUCGAGCGUCAAGUCACUGUAUUCCUCCAGUUGAAAAGGAAGAAAGGCGGCGACUGCAGCGACCCCAAGCAGUUUACCUACGUUCCCAGAGUUCAAGAUAAAGAGGAGGUGCAGCGUAAAAAGCAGAAGCCCUUCUAUAAUGACCAAUGGAGAGGACCUCUGGGAGGAGCUGGGGGUGCAGGGAGAGGGGCCGGAGGAUUCGGAGGCGGAGCAGGUGGCGGUAGCGGCUUCCAGUUUAACCAGCAGAUGAAUGGAACGGGGUGGAUGGGGGGUGGAUUCUCUGGUUUUGGGGGAGGUGGAGCCCAGAUGUCAGGCACCACUGCCCAGGCUGAGGGGACCCAGCAGCAACAGGCAGGAGGGAUGGCCGGACAGACGCCAGGACAGACAUCCUCACCACUACAACAGCAGCUCUUCCAGAUUGCUGCCACUCUCCAGAGCAGGGCCACUCGGAUGAGCAAGCAGACAGCUGGAGCUCUACUACAGUACUGCACCACUGGGGACGUCCGGGUCCUUCUGGCAAUGCAGAGACACCUAUGUGGGGUCCAGGAUAAAAACGGAGACACGCCUUUGCACCUGGCCAUCAUUCACCAGCAGUCAGCUGUGACCCAGCAGCUGGUUCAUACACUCCUCACCAUCCAGCAACACAAAGUCCUCAACAAGCUCAACCACCUCAGCCAGACUCCUCUCCAUCUGGCGGUGAUCACCAGGCAGGUUAAGGUGGUGGAUGUUCUCCUCCGGGCCGGAGCAGACCCCACCCUGCUGGACCGGGACGGCCGGAACGCCCUGCACCUGGCAGCGCUGGCCGGGGAUGACGUCACACUCCGGGUCCUGCUGGGCCACCUAGGAGAACGCUACCUCCACCUGGUCAACAUGGCCGACUAUCAUGGUCUCCAUCCUCUCCACCUGGCUGUUAGUAAGGGAGGAGAGCGCUGUCUGCGUCUGCUGGUGGAGGGCGGGGCUAAGAUCAACGCCCCGGAGCAGAAGAGUGGAUGCUCCGCCCUCCACCUGGCUGUUAGAGAGAACUACUUCAAAGUGGCCUGCACUCUCAUCACAGAGCUGAAAGCAGAUGUAAACAUGUGUACGUUUGGAGGGAACACUCCUCUCCAUCUGGCCGCCAGUCGCAGCUCCCCCCCUCUCUGCUCCAUGCUCAUUGCUGCAGGAGCCGACAAGAAUCUGGAGAACGACGAGCCGCUCUUCUUCAGCUCCUCCUCGUCAGAUGAGGAGCAGGAGGAUGGACCAGUAAGCGAUUUCAGAGAGUCGGCGAUCCAACAGCUACCGAAAACAACACCACUUUCAGAGGGAGAACAAGUCAACCCUCGUAAGAGGUCAGCGACAGGACAUACACCCUUUGACCUGGCUAAAUGUCAUAAGGUGAGAAACCUUCUAGACACCAGACAGAGUCCCAAGCCCAGUCAACAAUCAAGUAAAAAGCCUAAACCGAGCAGCAUGGAAGCAGAAAGAGGGCAGCUAGACAGUGAGACGCUAAGUAAGCUGUGUGAGCUCCUCAGUCUGAACGAUGUGCCCUGGAGACAGCUGGCAGAGAAACUCAACAUGCUCUCACUGGCACACCUAUAUCAGGAGAGUCCCUUACCCUGUCACAACUUGCUGGAGAAUUACCAGUUGGGUGGCGGUCCAGUGGAAGGCCUGGUGGAAGCUCUACAGUCUCUGGGUCUGACUGAAGGAGUGAGACUACUGAGACAGGCUGAGCUGAGAGAGGACAAACAAAACACAGAUCAGACAGUGGACAGUGGCUUUGCUAGUCAGCCAAUGGAGGAGGAGAUGGAGGAGCCAGCCUUGGCCAACCAGUGAGCAGCAGGAAGGGUGAGGGGUAAGACCCUCGUGUGAGGGAGGUUUCACCCCAACGUUUCAUCAUGGAGAUAUGACUAACUCUGUUCAGCACGCACAUUGGGAAUCUGAUGUCAUACCCAAGCCUCUACUGAUAAAUGCAGAAUUCUCUCUCUGCCAUGACUGACAGUCAACCAGUUUGAAUUUUCCUAACGAGCUGAAGGGAAGAAAAUCUCAAUGUACAAUUUUAAGUGGCGUUAUAUCUUGUUCCGUUAUUUCUGAUGGUGACUGAAAGGUUGGGUUUUUUUAUGGUCCAUUUGUGCCUUUCAAAAAGUCCCAGUAUAAAUGAAUUCUUAAAUGUGCAACAUCAAAUUGAUCAAUGGAAUUAUCAAUUUAACUCCUAUUUAUUGGCUGACAAUCUUACUAAUACUGUGUAUUCAUUUGGUUUAACAUUCAACCAAAUAUAAUUAUACAGCCUUAUUUCAAAUGUAUGUGGAAGGUUUGCUAUGUAACGUUUUGAAAACUUGUCAAUGUUGAAUCAAAUGCAUUUUUUUUUUUUUCUGACAAAUGGAUCUUUUCAAAAUGUUUAUUUUUGUCCUCUGCCCCAAACAUACAAACCAUUUAGUAUAUUUCACAGAGCGCAAAAUCUUAAUGUGUUAUUGACAAUAUGUACAGCUAACGGGAAAUUAAAGAAAUAAGUUGCAUUCA